UUCAAAGAAAAUGUUGGGUAAUCUUUACACAGUGAUGCAUAUGAUGGAUGGAUGGCUAUAAUCGUUCUGUUUUCUAUGGAAAGGCAUCAAUUUUACCCUUUUCCACUAAAAGCAACUGAGACUUUUCUUCAGAUGACUCGGACUCGAUGACGUUGGAAGUAUCCCUGUGUCCGCUCCACCAUCUCUUAAGAGGGGGCAUUGUCGUUAUCUACGCUUCCCAAAUAACCUACUCCUUUCUUCUACAAGCUUGGAAAUUCAUAGCCAAGGAUCCUCGCCUUGUUUCAGACAUGGAUGCUGUUACCGUUAAACCAACCUAUAGCUGCCACGUAGUGGCCAUACCUUAUCCAGGUCGAGGCCACGUAAACCCCUUGAUUAACUUCUGCAACAUACUUGCAUCAAAAAAACCAGACACUCUGAUAACCUUUGUAGUCACUGAAGAAUGGCUUGGCUUCAUUAGCUCCAGUUCUAACAGCAGGCCCAGUAACCUCCAAUUUGGCUCCAUACCCAACGUUAUUCCAUCAGAGCUGGUCCGCAACGAUGAUCCAGUUGGGUUCAUUAAAGCUGCCUUGACUAAGAUGGAGACCCCAUUUGAGGAGCUUCUUGAUAGUUUUCAUCAGCCUUUGAGGCCUACUCUUAUAUUGACCGAUGCUUUCCUGUUUUGGGCGAUUGGUGUCGGGAAUCGAAGGAAUAUUCCGGUGGCUUCAUUUUUUCCUAUGUCUUCGACAGUGUUUUCUGUGUUUUAUCAUCUUGAUCUUCUUGCACAGCAUGGACACCUCCCCGUGGACUUGUCAGAAAAGGGUAAUGAAAUAGUGGAUUACAUCCCCGGAGUUUCUCCAUUACGUCUACUGGAUCUCCCAUCCUUCAUAUUUGCAAGCAACCAAUAUACACUUCACCGAAUCUUGGACCUUAUUUCGUGGAUUCCUAAAGCACGGUACCUCUUAUUUCCGUCAAUUUAUGAGCUUGAAUCUCAAGUUAUAAAGGCUUUAAAAUAUAAAAUUUCAAUUCCCGUUUAUACCAUUGGUCCUGCCAUACCUGACUUGAAACUUAGAGACAAUUCUUCUUCAAGUAGCAAUAACAAUGAACUCAACAUUGUACAAUGGCUAGAUUGCCAACCUGAAAGUUCAGUUCUGUAUGUGUCUUUGGGAAGCCACGUUGCAGUUUCAAGUGCACAAAUGGAUGAGAUUGCAGCUGGUUUGUGUGAUAGUGGUGUCCGAUUCUUGUGGGUGGCACGCGAUAAAACUUCUAGGUUGAGACAGGUUUGUGGUGAUAUGGGGUUGGUAGAACCAUGGUGUGACCAGUUGAAAGUGUUGUGCCAUUCUUCUGUGGGGGGAUUUUGGACACAUUGCGGGUGGAAUUCUGUUAAAGAAGGUAUUUUUGCUGGUGUGCCUUUUCUUACCUUCCCUAUAGUUGCUGACCAACUGACUCAUAGUAAGGUAAUUGUGGAGGAUUGGAAGAUAGGUUGGAGAAUGAAGAAAGAGGUGGUAGCCAAAACUUUGGUGGCAAGAGAGGAAAUUGCAGGGCUUGUGCAGAAAUUUAUGGAUUUAGGAAGAGCUGAAGUCAAAGAAAUGAGGAGAAGAUCAAGAGAGCUUCAACAAGUAUGUGAACAUGCAAUUGCUGAAGGUGGAACUUCUGAGAUUGACAUUAAUGCGUUCAUCCGGGACAUCUCACAAUGACCAAGUCAGAUCCAUUGUUCUUGGACAUCUUGGCGACAAAUCUAAUAAAUAAAAUCACAAACAAGUAAUGCAAUGAAGUUAUCAAAACCUGUGUGAGCAUGGAUUUUGUUCGCUUACUGGUUGAUGCAAGUAAUCUUCUUAUCCCUGUAUUAUUUGGGACCAAAUGGAUCUUGAGAUCCGUUCUCCUAGUAAUUUCUGUUUUCAGCCA